AUGAAUCUCUUCGGAUAAGGCUCUUCAGGGCCACAACCAGAGAGUUAUGAAAUCAACGGUUAAGAAUAUCAUGAGUUGAACUUGAUUGCUGAAGGAGGUUACGGCUUUAUUUGGAGAGCAAUCGAAACCAAAACCAGGAAAUUUUGCGUUAUUAAGAAAAUUAUUUGUCAAAGUAAAGAGGCAAUCGAAUAAGCCUAAUUGGAAUUGGACUUACAUGUACUUCAUAAUUAUUGAUAUUAAAUCUAGAGAAAACUCCAACAUCCCAACAUUGUCAAAUGUUACAAUGGAGUUAUCAAAUUUAAUAAGAAACUAAAUCAGACUAUAGCAUACAUGGUCUUGGAAUUGUGUGAAGGAGGAACACUAAUUGAUUUACUGAAAAGGUACAAUGAAAAAAGGUUGAGUGAAUAAUAAGUCCUCCUAGUGUUAAAAGUUAUUUUUCACCUUAUCAUAGUAAUUAGUAUAAGCAAUCAAAUAUCUUCAUACCUAACAACCUCCAAUUACUCAUAGAGAUUUGAAAGUGGAAAAUGUCUUAUUGCAUAAUAAAGUAUUCAAAAUUUGUGAUUUCGGUUCUGCUAGCACUGAAAAAAUUGAUUUGAAGUAUGUGAGCAUUAUCUAAGAAUAGUUCAUCGAAUAAACAUCAGAUUUCUCAGUAUGAAGAGAAUUUUGCCAAAUAGACAACAGAAAUUUAUAGACCUCCUGAGAUGACUGAUUUAUAUUUAAAGUAUGAAAUCAAUGAAAAAGUUGAUAUCUGGAUGCUCGGAUGCAUUCUAUAUACAAUGUGCUUUUACAAUCCACCCUUUUAGGAAUCUUCAAAAUUGGCUAUUGUUGAAGCCUCCUAUGUCAUUCCAAAAGACAAUAAAGUAUUCAUUACAAUUUGAAUGUAUUAGUUUUCUAAUAAGAUGAUUAAUUUGAUUGGGAUAAUGCUUCAACCAAACCCAAAGGACAGAGCCUCCAUCUUUGAGAUAGAGGAUAUAUUGAAGAAUUACGACACAUUGACAUAGAUAGUAAUAAAUAACCUUAAUCAUUAGCAAAGAAAAAAUUCAUAAGAGGAUGACUUUGGUGAAUUCUAGUCAGGAGAUCAAAAAACAUAGGAGUAAUAAUAAAAAUAAAAGACUGUUUAAUAUGAUGAUUCAUUAAUUUGA